CUGUAUGGAUGCCCCGGCCAUGGGGGUGUUCCAGCCAUGUGGAUGUCCCAGAUGUGGGGUUGUCCUCCCCUUGUGGGUGUCCUGGCUGUGUGGGUGACCCCUGUGGUUGGUGGGCCCAGAGGGUGCUUAGCUCAGGCCAGGUUGCAGGGAGGUAUGGGCUGAAUAGGAGAGCUGAACCCAAUCGUAGCUGUCAUGUCAACUUAGAUUGUUUUGGUUUUUAAAAAGAGUAAAAGCAUGGUUUGUUGAUUUGUUUAGCCUGGUGUUCCCUAAGCUUUUAAAAACAUCAUUUAGGAGAAAGGAAUUGUAGUCUGCUUGAAGCCUUGAGACAGGACAUAAGAACUUUAUUCUUUGCUUAUGCUUCUACUAUCUGCAUGUACCCCUUGCUUUUUGAAGGCAAGAUUCAGAAUUGGGAGAGAUACAGAGGUGCAGGCUUCCCUAACUUCUUGGUUGUUGUGAGACCAGAGCCAUAGGUCAGUUAUACAGAAAGGUCAGUAUUCAGGCUCUGAUGGCAGCUGGAAAUGUGGUGAAGCCACCUGUUGCAGAUCUCUGUCCACUACGAACUCGUUCCACCUGUUCAUCUCUGUUCAAAAAAUGUUGAUGUGUUUGUUAGUCAUUAGGUAUUUUCUGCCCUUCUGCAGCUGGUUUAAAUGCGUAAAGCCAUUUCAAAAUGCCUGUUGUAUGCUCUGGUUUCUCAAAAUGCUGGACAAAGUUUGUUUUGCCAGGUGAUCCACAAGUGCAGAGAUCUGCUAGGAACUACAGCCUGUUGUGUACAGCUGCUAAUUCUGGUUGUUCAUGCGGGAGGUCCAUCACGCGUGGCUUUUUAUCCCAUUAAUUAGUUUCAUGUUACUGUGUGGAUACACUGGGUUUGGUGACAGCAGCCUAUUUCAGCCUAACAAAGCUGUUUUGCUUUGGUUCCUUUUACAGCCAAAGGAUAAAAAUGAUAAUUCAGACCCAAAGGGCAAUUUGGCCAUAGCCUGACACAGGAGCAGUUUCCUCACUAUCUACAGACUUCGGCCAAGUGAGCAAUAGGAUUUCUACCUUUGUGUAUGUAUACUGGGCAAGUAUCAACUUGAAAGCUGCUUUUAGGAUGUCUGAAGAUGAUGAAAAAGUUAAGCUCCGUCGAAUUGAACCUGCCAUUCAGAAGUUCAUUAAAGUGGCAAUUCCGACGGAUUUGGAGAGGUUAAGAAAACACCAAAUAAAUAUUGAGAAGUAUCAAAGAUGCAGGCUCUGGGACAGAUUGCACGAAGAGCACAUUAACGCAGGAAGAACAGUUCAGCAACUCCGUGCCAAUAUGAGAGAGAUGGAGAAACUCUGUUUGCGAGUCCGGCAGGAAGACAUCCCAGUCCUGCAGAAAAUGAUAAAUCCCAUUAAAGAGGAAGCUUCGUUUGCAGUAAAAGAUUUCCUGCAGCUCCAUUCUGCAUCUGCAGAAGAACUUAAAAAGCAACUGGAAGGACAGGAAGAUGCCUCUUUAACCAGAUCUGUAACCGUAGGUGGAGAAACUUUAUACACGGAAGUGAAGGAUGGCUCCCAAAGUUUAAUCCAGAUCCAGACCCGCCUUCCCGAAAUACCUCAGGAAGAAAACGCAGCGGAGUCCUGGGAAACUUUAGAAGAGGACUUGAUUCAGCUUAGCCAGUUGGUGACUGAGUUUUCUGUCUUAGUCAGUUCUCAGCAGGAGAAGAUUGACAGGAUUGAAGACCAUGUCAACAGUGCUGCUGUGAAUGUUAAAGAGGGAACCAAAAACUUGGGGAAGGCUGCAAAAUACAAGCUGGCAGCUCUGCCUGUGGCAGGUGCAGUCAUUGGUGGAGUGGUGGGGGGUCCCAUUGGUCUCCUUGCAGGCUUCAAAGUGGCAGGAAUUGCAGCUGCAGUUGGUGGUGGGAUUUUGGGUUUCACAGGUGGAAAAUUGAUACAAAGAAGAAAACAAAAAAAAAUUGAGCAGAUCUCUUCCAGCUGUCCAGAGCUUUCUCUCCAAAGUGCCAAAAAAUCCAGCUGAAGUAUAGAUUCGUUAUGAGCAGGAGCAAAAGCGUAGUAGCCACGCUAAUGACAGACUUGGAGCCUUAUGCUUUGAAUACAAGGCUGAGCUGUGUGAGUUUUGACAGCUGCUGCUUGGGAGGGGUGAGACAGGAACAUCAGAAUUUCUCUUCCCAAAUGUAAUAAAUGACAUCAGUCCUUUGAGAACCAUAUAGGUAACUUCUAACUAUAAAAUUCCCAGGUGAGCUCUAUGCACGGCUGUAAUGAGGGGUGAGACGUGCUUCAUGCCAAAUUUGCACAAAGUGUCUUGCAGACAAUAGAAAGAGAGAGAGAUGGAAAACCCUAGUGCUUUCCUACAAAUGCUGGAGCUUUUAAAGAAACAGAAAACACUUCCAUCUUUCUUUUGUGGUCAUAGUACUUUAAAUUUACUUCCAGUUAUCUGGAUUCCCAAACUCCUCCUAUGUAUUCCCCAGGAUAUGACUGACUCUGCCUGUUCAGUGAUGCACAGGGAAGUGUUUAGCUGCCACAGGAAAUGGUGAAAAAGUUGGGUGAGCAAGGUGCAAAAAAACCCCUUCUGUAUAUCCCACAUCUGCUUCCAUCAGCCAAAUCCUGUCAGCAUCAUAAGCAGCUUUUCCCCUUUUCUGGAUUUAAUUUUACACUAGUCAUCUUGUUCAGAGGGUAGUUAAGAAUUAAACAGUUGAAGCAGCAGCCCCACAGGACAGCUAUUGGAGUAUAAUAAUUUUCCGAGGCUGCUCAGCUCCUUGGCUUGUCCUGAGAACACUGCACGGGAUGAAUGCCAAGCUCUGGCAUUCUGAGCCCAAAGCCUCAACUUAAGCAGCGCUUACUGCUAGAUGUUGCCCUUACUUCUCAUCUCCUGUCACUGACAGUGCUCUGGUGGCAGGAGAUGGCGGGAGAGCUAAAUAGCUUCCCUGGAAGGUGGUGCUGUAGCCAGGCCCUCAACAGUCUUCAUUAGGCACCAGGUCAAAGGAUGAUGAAGCAGCGAGGCCCUUUAGAUGGUGCCAGUGGCCACUGACAUCCUCAGAUCAUGGGGCUGUCUUGAAAAUGUCAGCCUGAUCCUGUUCACAAUAAGUAAACCGUGUUUGUUUGGGUCAGCUGCACCUCCUGCAUGCUGCUCAGUUCUGAAACUUCUGCUUCCACCCGCACAGCAAAGCAGCUUCUCAGCCUUUUUAAAACUUUGGGACACGCUGUGGAGCCUGCAGGGGGUGAGAUGCUGUUAGUGCUUUUGCCAGCUUUUAAUAGCGGAUGCCUGGUACUUUUACCAUCCUUAUUUUGCUGCCUAAGAAGCCUUUUGCUUCUGAAACUUCCAUUGUUAAAUACAGCAGCAUUGACAUGUUUUUAUUGUCACAUAAUCUACUGUUCAGCCCGUGAUCCUACCUCCAUCUUUCCAGCACAGUUCCUACUCUAUUGCUGCUAGCGUUUGGGGGGACAGAAAUUGAGGUUGGCAAGCUGCUUUUUAAAGCUUUUAAAUUGUUCAGUUCAUCCUGAGCUCUGCUGGAGUCAGUUUUAUUAGGUGAAUGCUGAAAUCGGUGUUAGGUGAUAAGGCUCCCUAGCAGGGAACGCUGUCUAAGGAGGCACUAUGGAAAGAGCUCCCUUUUCUUAACCAGCACUUUGAUAUCAUCAUUGCAAAUAACUGUCUUCUAAUGACAGAUGAUAGGUUUUAGUGCCUAGAGACACUGUAAGCAACUGUUAGUUACAGCACAAAUAUCUUUUUUCUGAACAGUUCUUCCUUAUUACUUUUAAAAUAUGAUUGAAACCGCUAUCAGUCAGAGCAUUGUGUCAAUUUGAAGUGGGUCUGAGGCUCAGGGAAGCAACGUGUGCAAGAAUAGUUUUCACAAGUAAUCACAAACAUUGUCAAAACUGCAUGUGUUAAAGCCACAGUGCCUACAACCGUAAAAUAGCUGGAGUGGAAAACAUCAGCUCAAGUAAUUCAGCUCAUUUGCUCCUGUCAGGCAACAAGCCCUUUCCUAUAAAUGCAUCUGCUUUGGAUGUAAACACUUUAAUGAACUUGUAACAACUUCUUACUAAGGCUGUUCCUUCCUUUGAUACAUAAUUUCUCCAUUUAAAGCAAGAAGCUAAGGAAGUGUUCUUAAUCAGAAACUGUGGUUGAUUCUUUCUAUGAUUUUAAAAAGCCAUCUCUGCUUUCCUAUUGUACGCUCUGAAACCUCAAGUGUUUCAAUGACAGUGGCCACCUCGGAGACACUGCGGACUCCACCCUCUGCGCUCAAGCUGGAUGAAUGCCAAGACAACAUGAAUUCAUAAAACUGAGUUCCUGCCGCAGCUUACACAAAUGCAGCUUGGUCUGUGCUUGUUUUAUGAACUGUCUAACAUGAAAACUAUUCUUCAUCAUCACGUCUUUAAGGAAGCAAUUUCAAGCCAUUGUUUACACACAAGACUGGGGAGGCUGUUACUUAAGCUAUGAUUUUUAAAAAUAGGUGGGUUAUUUACAUAUGUGAAAAAACACGAGCAUCUGAGUAACCAAACUAGCGUCGAAAUUGCUAGGUACGUUAGUCAGAAGAAAUGUAAGGUACAAACAUAAUUCUUUCUGACCAAAUAAAAGUUUUUUGCCUAUGAGGCUGUUUUAUUUCCUUUCAGCGUCUAAAAGAUUAACUCCUGAAAAACUUUAUAUAUUUUAAUAAUUGCAUUAUAAAGAUGUACAAUUCCUGCACUGAGUUACCAAACACAUGCUUCAGCUGUUCAAAUAUUUACAUUGACUGAAAUUAAAACAAGUUAAGGUGUUGCAUGCACCCAGUAACUCCUACACAGGUGCCAGCUCAGAAAUGGACUCCUCAAGUUCAAUUAAAAAGUAAGUUUGGAAAGGGUUUGCUCCAUAUGGGGAUAACACUAAUAUAAUUUGACAACACCCCAUGAAAGGCUUGGUAAGUAUUAGAGGGAGUGGUCAGCUGAGCCUUGACUGGUUAAACCCAUUGAUGCAGAUGAUCAGAGCGGAAAGGCUCAAUUUGAAACUGAUUUUGUCCAUCACUUGACCUCUCAGGCAAAUUCUCUAUUUCAUCAGAUACUUAAAAGCUCAGGUGAUCCCAAACAGUGUGUUGGGACAAGCACACACAGACUUCAGCUGUUCCACCUUCCGCUUGCAAAUAUAAAAUCACUUUAAAGUUGGUACAGCCAGGUCAAUGGUCAACAAAAUCCCUGGAGAAUCGGGUCCCAACUCCACUAAGCACUCCAUGAAAUAACUCGAGUCUGUAAUUGUCGUAAAACUAUUGCACCUAAUUGUCUAACCAGUGUUGGGACGCCAGUG